AUGCGCGUGUCAACAUUUGCAACCUUGGCUCUCAUGCCACUCCUCGCUCUCGCGACUGAACAGUAUCAACAACCGACAACUCCACAGCCGACAACUCAAACUUCCACCCAGACGAUGACGAAAACCAUUACCGUCUCCGAGGUUGUCGCAACUGUCACUUCUACUUCGUCGCGAUCAUCUACCAGCACCUCCUCUUCCUCUUCCUCUUCCUCAACCUCCACUUCCUCCUCGUCUACUUCCACCCCAGCAGCCUCAACCUUCACUCCACCAGUGAGCGUUGGAACAAUCUCAAAGUACACCAGCGCUGCUACUGGAACCGGAGGUAUCAUGGCCGCACCAACACCCGCAUCUUCGCUCCUCCCAAUAUCAACCGUGAACAGCGGUGCAGGAAACUUGAAGAUGGGAAGUGCCGGUUUGGUAGUCGCUGUUGUAAUAGCUGCUGGAUUCUUGUAA